AUGAACAGACAAAGAAGAACAGAAAGUCAAAGGAGAGCUGGAGAGAGAGGACAGUGGAGCAGUAAAACAGAAUAUUUUCUGGUUGUUGCAGGAAAUGUGGUCGGCCUGGGCAACGUAUGGAGAUUCCCUUACCUCUGCUACAAGAAUGGUGGAGGUGCCUUUCUGGUGCCAUACUGUCUGUUUGCUGUGGUGUAUGGGAUGCCUCUGUUCCUGCUGGAGACCUCAUUCGGUCAGUACACCCAGGAAGGAUUCAUCACCUGCUGGAGGAAGUUGUGUCCACUGGCACAAGGAAUUGGAUACGGACACGCUAUAAUUAAACUAUAUGACUUCUGCUACAUUAUUGUCCAAGUCUGGGCUCUCUUCUACCUGGUGUUCUCGUUUAGAUCCCAGCUCCCCUGGUCCACUUGUGAGAACACCUGGAAUACAGCCAACUGUUUGGGUCUUCAGAUUUUGGACUCUCCCUCAACAAAUCUGACAAAUCAGAGCAUGCUGAAAAACACCACCUCCGCUGCUACUGAGUUCUGGGAACGGCGGGUGCUGGGCAUGUCCAGAGGCAUCGAGGAGCUGGGCAGUGUGCGGUGGGAGCUGGCCUUGUGUCUCCUGGCCUGCUGGAUGUUCUGCUACUUCAGUAUCUGGAAAAGUAUCAGAUCUUCUGGAAAGGUUGCGUACUUCACAGCCACGUUCCCCUAUGUGAUGCUCAUCAUACUGCUCAUCAGAGGCUUGACUCUUCCUGGAGCUUGGGAAGGGAUCUACUUCUACCUGUAUCCAGACCUGAACCACCUGGCUAACCUUGAGGUCUGGGUAGAGGCAGGGUCUCAAAUACUUUUCUCCUACAGCCUGGCUGCAGGGACUCUAACUGUCCUGAGCAGCUAUAACGAGUACAACAACAACUGCUACAGGGACAGUUUUUGGCUCUGUCUGCUGAACAGCGGGACCAGCUUUGUUGCUGGAUUUGUCGUCUUCUCCGUUCUUGGAUUCAUGGCUCAGAAUCAGGGUGUUACUGUCGACACUGUGGCUGAGUCAGGUCCAGGUUUGGCUUUUAUUGCUUAUCCUCAGGCAACAGCCCUGAUGCCUGUGCCACAGUUCUGGACUGUCAGCUUCUUCCUCAUGCUCUUUUUCCUCAGUGUUGACACACAUUUUGUGACCGUCGAGUGUUUCAUCACCUCAUUGAGCGACUUGUUUCCGAAGCUGUUUCGUAAACCGGGAAGACACGAGAUCUUCGUCCUCGUCAUCUGCUCGUUCUUCUUCCUCAUACACCUGAUGUUGGUCACUGAGGGAGGGAUUUACGUAUUCCAGCUUAUUGAUUAUUAUGGCCCAAGCAGAGCGUGUCUUUAUUUCAUGGCUUUAUUUGAGUGCCUGGCUCUGGCCUGGACCUUUGGUGCUGAUGAUGUUAUUAACUUCAUUGAGGACAUGACAGGACAGAGACCGUCUGUUUUCUUCAAACUGUGCUGGAAAUACAUCAUUCCUCUGCUGUCACUGGCUUCAUUUGUCCUGCACCUGGUUGAUUGCCAACACCCCAGGAUUAACAACUGGUACGUUUACCCUUACUGGGCGUACGCAGUAGGUUGGACCAUGACACUCUCCUCUGUUCUCAUGGUUCCACUGUGGGCAGCUGGACAAAUGUGUCUGACAGCAGGAACCUUCAGACAGCGUUUGUCCGCCCUUUGUCGUUCUGCUGAAGAUCCAGCCUGGAAGAUGGAAAGCAGAAAACUGAAAGAGGAAGGGACGACAGUCCAACUGAGGACGCCUGCAGAGACGCCCGCUUAA